GGGACCCGGGGUGUGUGGGGGGUGUUCUGCUGCGUACGGGAUUCGGUAUAGAAUGGCAUCACUUUGUCCGGAGCAGGGAGGCAGUGCUUACAGCUGCCGUUAGGUGGCGCUGCCAUUAGGAAUCAGGUGGUAUUUGAAAAACUUGGUGUCUUUUUACAUACCAGUGCAAAGAGGCAGAAUGAUCAGGACUCUAUGAUCCCAGGAGUCAUCCAUCUGAUUGAAAAGGCUUCAGAUGUGAUUCUGCAGUGGACCCCGAUAGGAGAUGAUGGUGAUACCACACAGAUUCAUUACUCUAAGAAAGAAUCUCCCGGUAGUGUGGCAUGCCAGGCGGAGGAUGACUUGUUUGACCCGGGCUAUGAGCCAGACUGGGCUGUCAUCAGUACAGUGGGAACCAAAGUGCGCCCACAAGAGGAGUCAGCUGCUAAAGCCAGUAAUCGUGAAAAGUGGGCUUUUGCCUUGCGCCUGUCGGAUCUCAAGUCAAUCCGCAAAAGCAAACCUGGUCUGAGCUGGUCCUAUCUCAUAUUUAUUAAUAAAGAAGGUGUGUCUUUCCAAGCUCUGCACUUUCAUCAGGGUGGAACAAAAGCUCUGCUGAAAGCGCUCCGUAAAUACGUCAUUCUGGCACCCUCCCCCAAGGAUUCUCGCCUGUUCUUGGUCUAUCCACAUGAUUCCCAUGCUCUGUCCCACUCAUUCGAUGAGCUUCAGCUGUUUGACGACGGAUCCUCUGACUUGGUGUCUAGAUUUUUCCAGGAUCCCUACUCCGCAACGUUUGGGGGCUUCUCCAAAGUCACCAACUUUUUCCGUGGAGCCCUGCGACCCCACGAUGGCCAUCACCAGAGACCCUUAUCGGAGAUGGCAGUCGGAUUGGAGGAUGAGCCCGGUUUUGAGGUGAUCACAUGUCAAGUGGAAUUGGGUGAGCGCCCAAUCAUACAGCGCCAAGGACCUGUCAGCGAGCAGGAAUGGGAAUCUUACAUUGAUUCUGAAGGUCGAGUAAUAGAUGUGGAUGGUGUGAAGAAAAGGAUAUUUUCUGGGGGCUUGUGUCCAGCGCUUCGAAAAGACGUUUGGAAGUACCUCCUCGGUUAUUAUCCUUGGGACAGCACAGAAGAAGAGAGAAAAGCUCUAGUUAGGAGGAAAACGGAUGAAUAUUUCCGUAUGAAGCUGCAGUGGAAAUCUGUGAGUGAAGAUCAGGAGAAGAGGAACUCGCUGCUGAGGGGUUACCGCAGUUUGAUAGAAAGGGAUGUCAGUCGUACUGACCGGAACAACAAGUUCUAUGAGGGAAAUGACAACCCAGGAUUAGGUCUUCUCAAUGAUGCCUUGAUGACUUACUGCAUGUUUAACUUUGAUUUAGGUUAUGUACAAGGAAUGAGCGACCUCCUCUCCCCCAUCCUCUACGUCACGCAGAAUGAGGUGGAUGCCUUCUGGUGUUUCACUGGAUUCAUGGAGAUGGUGCACCAUAACUUUGAGGAAAGUCAGGAGAGCAUGAAGAAACAGCUGGCACAGCUCAACCUCCUACUGCGUGUCCUGGACCCUGUACUCUGCGAUUUCCUUGAUUCCAAAGAAUCCGGGAACCUAAGCUGCUGCUUCCGAUGGCUGCUCAUCUGGUUUAAACGGGAGUUUUCCUUUAAUGAUAUACUUCUCCUGUGGGAGGUGCUGUGGACCGGGCUUCCUUGCCCCAACUUCCACCUUCUCGUCGCAUGUGGUAUUCUUGACUUGGAGCGGGAAGCGUUGAUGAACUCUGACUAUGGCUUCAAUGAGAUCCUUAAACACAUUAAUGAGCUGACCAUGAAGAUGAGUGUGGAGGACAUUCUGUGUCGGGCUGAAGCUCUGAAUCAGCAGCUGGCACACUGUCAGGAAUUGCCUCUUAAUAUUAAAGAGCUCCUUGGCAUGGCAGAUUUGAAGAAUCCAGCUCCCAGCACAGACACAGCCAGCCCUCCACAGCCCCUCUCUCCAAGCCAGAUCCACGAGUUGGACCUCACCGACAGCGUGUCUGCAAGUCAGCCUGAUAGUAGUAUAGAGAUACUGCCCACAGAGGACACUACAACCUCACAGAGCCUGUCUCCUUGACCAGACUAAUGCCAGUCUACCCUCGCAUCUGUACCCAUUAAUACAUCCAGUCAGUGUGCACUUACAGACCUCGACUCUAUGACUUCAUUCCUAGAUGGUUCCACACCGACAUCUGGUCCUGUACUCACUCCCACCAUACUCACUAAAUAACCAGUAACCUUUAUUCAGAACUGAAAGCUACAGCAAAACAAAUGAAGAAGUAUGUGUUUCCUGGUGAUAUGGUGGAAUCUACCUGUAAACCUUCCCCCUUUCUGACAUUUUGGCGUGCACAGCCAGGUACAGGGUUGUUAGAACAGGUCCCAUACUGCAUUACAAUACUUGAAAAGUCUGUUUCCUUUUACCAGUAGAUAAUUGAAUUGUUCAGUCUGAUUUCUAUGACAGCGGAUGAGAGCUGAGUUAAUGAGUACAUACAGACAGAGUGGGGGGGGGGGGAAACCCACCCCUACAUUUCCCUUCAGCACACUAAAAAAUUACCUGUAACCAUACCUGAACCUAUCUGGUAAUAGAAAUUUAGAGAAUUAGUUUACACAUGUUUGCAAACACAUGUUUAAGCUGCUGCGCCACUUCCCGGCUUCUCCGAAUUCAGCAGUCCUAACACUACAUAAUAGCAGUGCUCUGUUAAUGAGUACAUACCAUAGGUUCAUCCCUAGGUGGUCUGUUUCUGGUCCACCCUAUGCUUUGGGAUUCAUGUGAGAAAUGGAAGACUAGGCUGGCCUAUGGUGCCGUUUUACAUCAUAACUAAGUGAACUAUAGGCCAGAGAAGAAUACUGACAAGUAUAAGGUUGCUUCACGCUUCAGAAGUCUAGUGCCUACAUACAUUUUUUUUUUUAAUACAGAUUAACAAAAUGACGUGCAGUAACAGAAAUUUUCCCAAUGUGUUCAGACACUCAUCACAUAUCGUGAAAUUUGGGGAGUGGUGCAUACAGUUGUAUAAUUCAUGUUAUAAGGGUUUAUCUUGGCAAUGCUAACAAAAUGUCUUUUUCCAUUCGAUUCUUGAGCAAUAUGACCCACCCAUUGUCUGCAGGGGAAGUGGCCAUUUUGAGAAUGAAAUGAUACGGUGUUCUUAUGAAUCUCGAAUCAAAUUACAAAAUAAGCAAGGAGACCAUUUUUAUGUUCUUUCCAGCAAACACUGCCUUUGUCAAUAAAGGGGGAAGACAUACACACCUUGAAUUUGUACGCCUUCUUUCAAAACAUACUCCAAUAUACGUUAAUUGGAAAAGGUUCACGCAGUCCGACGUCGGUGACUAGGUUACCAAAUCUUGCCUCGCAUAAAUGCAGAUUGUUGAGUCUUUCUAUAAUGGAUCAGAUAAAAUAAGGCCACCAAUCAGAGUUUGGACUGUGGAUUUACUGAUAACGGUUAUACCUGGAUUUUGUAUGGAUAUAGAACUGUUCAGUAAUUUUUGGGUUCAUUGCAAGCACCUCAUGGAGGGUGGGGGUAGGGGUAGUCAAGGAAUUUUCUGGAGCACAUUAGUUGCCAGGAGAGACAUCACUCAUCUGAACGUAUGCUUGCCUGCUGCUAACAAAACAACAUGGAGGCGAUUUGGCCAGUAGAUGAGCAGUGUAGAGACCUGGGAGGGUUUACAUCUUUUAAGCUUUGCACUUUUUAUACAUAUAUAUCUUUUUAUGAGUAUUAUAUCUGUUUGUAAUAUGUAUUCUGUAUUUAACAUAUAUAUAUAUAUAUAUAUAUAUAUAUAUAUAAAAUAUUUCCAUAGAUUUGUGUAGGUCAGAAGGGAAGGACCUGUAGAAGACUGUAUUGGCAAAAACACUAAGUUUGCGGCACCAUUUUAUUGUUUUGGAAAAGGGAAAACGGCCUAGGGGUGGCUGGGAGAAUGGGACUGGUCAUUAUGUUUUCUGUGCUGCCUUUCCUGCUUGCUAUAUGCCAAAUUUCUUCACCUUGUGGGUUCUGAAAUAAAGUCGCUGCUAUAAUUA